AUGAUUAAUAACAAUUAUGUUGAUACAAGCGAGGAACUGCCACCGCAGGGUUCAAUGAAGAAGGUUCAAGAAAAGAUAAAAGAAGACAAAAAAGACAGAAAAUUUGCUCAGAAUAAAGCUAAUCUCUUGAAAAAUGUACGAAAUCACAAUGUUGGCAAGAAGUAUGACAGAGAUUUUUAUUCCCCGAAAUUAUCAGAAAGUAUUGACAAAAAAAUCGCCAGAGAACAUUUUCUCAUAGAUCCCGUACUAAACCAGUUACACAGAAGAAGAAUGACUAGAUUAGGAUCAGGAGACAAUGAUGAUAGUAGUAGUUCGUCUUUGGGAGACACAGAUUGGAAACAGGAGUGGAAAGAAAUUUGGAUCCAGAAAAAAUUUGAGGCUCUCAAUUCUUCCGCACAAAGAGGUGACGUGGUAAAUAUGGCGGCCGCUAGACCAUGGGGAAUCCCUUGCGGGGAUCCCAAUCAACAUGACGCGCCAUUUGGCACUUGCAUGUUACCUGCUGAAUGCGAACCAGAGUAUAGAAUAUAUCGAGGUGACGCCGACUGUGGUAGAACGAUGUACAUAUGUUGCGGUAUUAUAGCUACGAAAUAUGACAUGUAUAAUGCUUUGGAUAUGUCGUUCGAAGGUUCAGACUUCGCUACUGAUAGCAGUGAGCUGAAAAAUAACGACAAACCAGAUAAAAAAAAUAAAAAAACAUCAAAAGAAAAGGAAAGAAAUAAACGCAAAAAGGAAAGAAACAAGAGGAAAACUAAAAUGUUGAAUACCAUAAAAAAGAUAAUAAAAGAAAUACGAAAGAUAUUGAACAGUGCGUUUAAUAAUAGAACUAAUGAGAUAAAAACGAAGACGAAACAAUUGAAGAAGUUCAUUGAAAGUAUGAAAAAACAGUAUAAGAAAGAGCGUCAGUCCGUCAUUAAAAUUCACGACAAUGAUUUGAUUAAAUUAGAUGAAAGAGUGCAAGCUAAAUUGGAUCAAGUAUUGGGAGUAAAUGAGAAGUUUAUGUCAAAUGCGACGUUUAGAGAUAUUGUGGUGAAUGGUACGGUCAGUAAAAGAAACCUGGAGCUACUCAUGCGAAGUUACCCUGAGUUAGUUAAAAUUUUGAAAGAGAAACACAGAGGCGGACCGAAGCAUAAACGCAGAAGUGGUAUAGAUUUAAUCCUGGGACUAGAUGAAGAAGAUAGGCCGUCUAGACCUGUGAAGAUUAAACCUAAAAAACUUAAUUAUGAUAUCGAGUACGGGAUGCUUUAUUAUUGA